AUGGACAUGGGCCUCCAGGCUGCCGUUGGGGCGCUCUGGUGGGACGACUUCGAGCUCUCGGUCUGCCUCCCGUGCCUGCCGCCGAAGGUCCAGCUGGCCAGCGAGGAGGAGCCCGUUCGGUACUGGGGCGAUCGGGGCAACCUCACCCUGAGGGCGCUGCGCGGCAACGCUGUCUUCACGGACGGGUCGGGCUUCGCGGCCAACUUUCUUGAGCUGCAACGCUGCGGAUGGGCGAUCGUCCAGCUGCCGCAGCAGGGGCUGCCGAUCCGUGCCGUGCUCGGGGUCCUCCCAGGGCCGUUGCUGACCGUUGGCAGACAGAGCGGAGCGGCACGCGUUGUUGCCUGCGGUUCGGUUCCUGGGCGACGCGGUCGGCUUCGAGGUAACGGACCUGCUGGCACUCGAGGAGGAGGCGCGCGGUUGGGACGCCUCGCUUGA